CUCAUCAGAGCAGUAAUCUCCGCAUAGUACUGUUCUAGUACUACACUACUGUCACGUAGCACAGAGUAGCUACAGCAGCCGAGCACCGGCAGCAGCAGCAUCACCACCACACGGGGCGGGAGCAGGCGGCCGUCAGCUGACCCGGAGGAUGUUUCCCCCCCACCAUACACAGUCCCGCCUCCUCCCCGCAUCAUGGCGGCCGCCGUAAUGAGAGGGUGCCGGGCAGCACAGUGUGCCUGGCGUGGUCUCCGCUGCUCUCCUCUGGCUGGAUCCUCGGGUUACAUGGCGGGGGAUACCGGAGAUCACAGAAUUUCAUUUUGUCAAAGUUCUACAUAUUCAGUACUUCCUGAUGACUACAAUUGCAAAGUGGAACUGGCUAUGUCAUCCGAUGGAAAAACAAUUGUCUGCUACCAUCCCUCAGUUGAUAUUCCUUAUGAGCAUACCAAGCCUAUUCCUCGGCGAGAUCCACUGCACAGCCAUGAGGAAUCACUUGAACUGGUUCUAAAAGCCAAACUGAGUGACCCAGAUCCUAAACCAGCACCAACCAUUGAAGAGCUCAGCAAAAUGUUCUACACCACUAAGCAUCGAUGGUAUCCUGUUGGACAAUAUCAUAAAAGACGUAUGAAGAAGGACCCUCCCAAGGAUCGCUAAAUUUACUUGGAAGCUUCUUGUCUGGGAUUUUCAAAUUGUCCUCAUUCAAUAUAAAACAAUAUUUAUACUUGAUUUGAAACAAAAAAAAAAAAAAACCCUACUAACAAUAAUACCCAAUAAAAUUAGCUUUUUUGCUUUAACCCUUUA